AUGCUGGGCUCGACAUCUUCGUCGUCAGCUGCGAAUGGCACCUCGACGACAGGCCCACCCGACCCCAAGCGGUCACGUCUCGGAUGUUGGAUCUGUCGGGAGAAAAAGGUCAAAUGCGAUGAGGCACACCCGAGAUGCGGAAGAUGCGUCCGCUUGGCCAGAGACUGCAGCUAUGCGCCCCGCUCGCGGAAGAAGUACGUGAGGCGGAAGAAGUCAAGCCAGCUACCUAUACCUACUACUCCUAACGACUGCCAAGACGACAUCCCGACACCAAAUUCGAGGCCCGCGGAACGACUUGAUAUCUCGUCUAGCACAGGGUACUAUGAGACGUUCUCUAGUCAGCUUGAUGCACUUCCCGCUGAUCAAAGGAGCCAGGCGUGUUCUCAUGAGCAGCGCCUAAGUGUACCCGUAGCCACACCCACACCCACUCCCACCGGGCAGGUGAGCAGUCGGCAUCUGUAUGAGCACCAUUCAUCACCUGUGUCUGUGGCCUUGCCAGAUCUCUCGCUGUCGCCGGCAUGCCUAGAGAUAUUGGACCCAUCGGAUUACGAUGCAAUUCGGUUCUUCCGCUCCGGACUGUCGGGGGCUAUAGACACAAAGGUGCCGGAGCACAGCGGCCCCGCCAUACUGUGGACACUGGCACACAAGAAUCAGAUGGUGUUGCACACAGUCUGUGCACUAGGAGGGCGCAAUCUGUGCAAUCAGAAGCAUAUGCCCGACGCCGAAAAGCAGACUCGGCAGGCCAGAGCCGUCGAGCACUACGCAGCGGGACUACGCCUUCUUGUUACUGCCACGGAGCACAUUCACGAGACGCGCGACUUUGACUAUAUCCUCGGCGCCCUCUGGCUCAUGAUCGUCUAUGAACAGAAGUAUGGCGAUGGCUGCGGAACCGGGCUGAUUGCUCACCUCCAUGGCGCCACGUCGCUUCUACAGAGUCGCAUGCGGAACCUCCGACAUAUACUAGAACAAACUGAGCUAUGUGACCCAACGCUGUCAGGCACCGCGGGUUUGGGAUCUAGUAUCGAGCCGCAACAUUUAUCUCCCGUCGCCACGCGGAUAAUAGUGUGGAUCUCAUUGAUUGACGGAGCGGCAGCCCUCAACGGGUUCGGCGGCGCAUUCAACGACCUGCUCGCCGAGGCCAUCUUUGACGCGCACAGCGACACAGCCCUUGCUCGGAUACAAGGCUUCAGCGCACUUCAGAAACACUCAAACUUGGUGUACCAGGAGGUAUGGGGCACGGCAUAUCCGCAAAGCCAGCUGCUAGAAGAUCUGGAGAGUAGCCAGCUCUUUUAUCUGUAUGCUGAAGCUAGUCAGCUGCGCUGCUUCCUCGCCAAGCUCUGCAGGCCUGAAGCUGCCACUCAGUUGGACGUCAGAGAUCGCUUCGAAAUGGUGGCCAAGGCCAUGCGGAACGUCGAGUCAAGAUACAGCGAACUAUUUGCUGCAGCGAGUUUGCUGGACACCCCGGCAGAGGGAUCUCAUAAGAGGUUUGUAAUGAAUGUUCGCUUCAUCAUCCCUUUUUACUACGCGGUUGUGCUUUGCUUCUUUCGUCUUACUCGAGCCGACGCGGCGCUAUGUGCAAAGCAACGUCGUGCAUUGCAGGAAAUCAUGACCUUGGCAUUCCAGUCCCAUCGCGAUGCAGGGACGCAGGCGGUUACACGGAUGGCAUGGCCGCUGUUCAUAGCAGCACUGGAAUCUGACGAUGCUCUUCAUCGGGGUUGGAUCGUGGAACAAUUCGAGCUGAUGGCGGUAGAAGGGGAAAACUAUCGCCGUGCUCGUGAAGCGCUACGCAUUGCCCUCUCCGAGCAGCGCCCCCACGAGAGGCGAGUAAGCUAUUGGGAUGUGAUGACCAAGAAUGAUGUAGAUCGAUUUGUGAUUGUGUAG